AUGGCUUUGAGGACAAUGCAAAAAUUUGUGAGUCGAGGGUUCAAAUGGUUCUUUCCUGAGCCUGAGAAAGCGGAGGAUGGGAGGGAUCAGUGGCCUUCGAGGGCGGCNUUUUUGCUUGCUGCCAUGGGAGGUUGUGCCGGUCAAGGUAAUCUUCUUCGCUACCCUUCGGUCGUCUACAACAACUACGGUCUCCAAUGGUUCAUACCAUACAUGCUCGCCGUUUUCCUCAUCGCCAUUCCUGCUCUCGUUCUCGAAAUCUCCAUUGGCCAGUGCUAUCGCGGAGGGUCCGUCAUUGCCUUCAACAACAUCAACAGACGGCUCAAAGGUGUUGGUAUUGGUCCUGUCUUUAAACACUCGAAUGCUGUUAUGGAUGCUGUGCUCAUCUGCGGCAGUAAUGUGCUUUUCGAAAACUUUGCCGCCUUUGCCAUCUUUGGCGUUGUUGGGUUUUUGCGACGAUGGCCUUCUCCUGAUGAGCGGCUGGGUGCUUUUGUCGUUGGCUUUCUCACUCUGCCUGAAGCUGUGCUUCAGACGCCUGGAGCGAAUUUUUGGGCUGUGCUGCUGUUUUUGACAUUGAUUGUGCUGGGCUUCAGCUCGGCGUUUGUCAUGCUGGAUGUUGUGGCUACUCUUCUUGUGGACUCUGGUUUCAGGUACUCACGCCCUGUUAUUGUGAGUGGGCUUACGCUGGCCUCGUUCUUGAUGUGUUUGCCUUAUUGCACCGAGUUUGGGUAUUACCUCCUCGACGGUGUUGAUAGGUGGAUCAACAAUAUUGCACUUAUCUUUGUCGUCUUUUCGGAAGUCGUCAGCGCCACGACGGUUUAUCGCUGGACUGAUGUUGUGGGUCAAGUCGGCAUGCCUGCUUUUGUCAUCUACAAUCUCGGAUACUUUGGAGGCUUGCUAAUCGGUAUCACCGUCGCUCACGGAGUGGAAAGCGCAGCGAUUGGCGCUGGAGCCGGGUUUGGCGUCUUUACUGUGUGCACCAUUCUCGCUGGUAUCGUCGCAAGUUCUCCAUCUCCAAGCAACACCGCAUUGCCAUCGAGAAUCAGAGCUCAACUCGCUCAAUUGUGGUACCUGGCAUUCUACUCUGGCAACCAACUCCGCCGCGACCUCAACCUCAUCGUCGGCAGCGGCAACAACUGGAAAAUCCCGGCCUUUAUGCCUGUACUGCUUCGCUAUGUGUCUGGCCCCGUCCUGGCCAUCAUUUUCAGCUUUGCGUUUCCAGAGUUCCAUGAGCUGAGGUAUGAUCCCAUGAUGAUUGCCGGGUUUAUUCUUUCCAUCUUGGGGAUGGUGGGUGUGUUGUUGGGAUUUGUUGUGCCGAGGUAUUAUGAUUGUUUUGUGCCGUGGCAGAGGAGGGAGGAGGGGAUGAAGGAAACUUUGCUUGAUCGGCCGGUAGAGCAGGGUGAUGCUGUUUCUGUGGGGAGUGAGGAUGGUGGGGAGAGUGGGAGGGAAAAGAUCGGGGGUUGA